UCUUAUUGCUUCUGCACAGUUCCUCUGAAAUUAACUAGCACACAACUUAGAUGGGUUCACCUGUUUCAGUUGUGAAUCAAAGGUUGGCUUGUAUACCAACAUUGUUUCAGACCAUAUGCCUCUUUACAUGAGACGAUAUAGCUUACAGAAAGUUGAUUAAUUAGUUAGUAAUCUGGUCGCAUCCAUCCUAGAAUGUGAUACCUCCGGGUAGCAUACAUACUGGAUUGCUUAUUGAGAUUUAGCUGCUCAAGCAAUAUCAGGACGACAAUCUGGUCUUGUAACAACGUAGAACAGCUAGGUACUUGUCUUCAUAUUUCACAUUUCCAUUAAUAUUAAGAUAUCACCCCUUUUUAGGUGAUCCCUUCCAUUGCCCUAGGCAUCCCCAGGGGCAUCUUCGGAUUUAUGCUCAAAACAGGCAACUGGUGUAUGUUACACUUACAUCAAGUUCAACUUGCUCAUAGUACCAUGCCUAUGGUAGAAAAGUGUCAAGAAAAUAUCAACAGCUAAACCAUAACAGCCUGUUUGUUUCGGGGGAAGUAGUAUUAGGGAAUGGGAAUUAGUAGGGCGUAGUGUUGAAAUUCCCUUGUUUGAUUGGAGGACAUGGGAAUUGAUGAUGAACGGGGAAAGGGAGUUGCCGGUCAAACUCCCACAUAUCUCUUCCCACGCGGGGCCUAGUAAUUGGAUGAGGGAAUGGGAAAUGAGAGAGAGAAAGCCGAUCGCCAUGUUUGUUGCUCCCACUCCGCAAGCUACGGAAACAAGAUUCCCACGACUAACUCCCACCUCCAAACCAAACGUGGGAUUGGGAUUAACAGUCUACUUUUCAUGCCUAAUCCUUCAGCUAACUCCCACUUAAAAAUUCCCAUGCCUUUUCCCUCAAACUGCCAAACACGUUGUAAGGGUGAAGAUGUAUUCAAAGAGAUGGGGGUAGUUUCUAGAUUGGCAUCUGAGGAUUGCCGAGCAAAUUUGUCAAAACUGUUUCAAUUCAGUUUUGUAUCUUUUACGAAGGCCUAUUUAGAAUAUUCAUUUGUUUUCAAAUUUGCAUCCCCUGGCAGGCAUGCUUUGGGUCCAUACUCAUACCAGUUGCAUGAGCUAUCAUAAAUUAGGUAAAAAUGCACUUCAAGGUGAGCCCAUGAACUGCUUUCAUGUAAUAUACUACUUUUGGGUUGUGUAGACCAUUCUUGGAUUCUUUUAAAGGGCCCUGAUUCGUGAAAUGUUCUCUAGUAUGAGCCUAAUAAUGCAUAGAUCGGUCUACCAUGCUCCACAACAUAAUGAGCUCAAUUUUGGGCAUGUCGAUUCUUCUUUCUGAGAACCGUUUUGCUAACACUAGAUGGUUACCGCUAUUUGACCAGUUCUCCAAAAUGCAUAACAUAUGAAAAGGGAAUAAAGCUAGAUAUGGUUAAAACAUAGAACAUGGAAGUAAAUACUUGCGAAGAAAGUGGACACAAGGCAACACAGUAGUUAAAAAUGGAAAUAAAAAUAGAGGAAGAAAAGGGCCCAACCGGGUUCGAACUGGUGACCUAUUGAUCUGCAGUCAAUUGCUCUACCACUGAGCUAUGGACCCAUUAAUAUUAUUUAAGUUGACCCUUAUAGAUAUAUAAUUAGAGAAGCAAUUAGACGGUCACUCUAUCCUUGUGUUUAAAUAUUAAUUGGUUCACUCUGUAUGAUGAAUGCAAAUUGAAUAUCAUUUUGUAUCCUUACAGAUUUAGAUGCGCAUUAGAAUGCUAGUUAGGAACUUACACAUACUCAUAUCAGUUGUAUGCGCCAUCAUAGAUUAGGUACACAUACUUCAAGCUGUGCUCAUGGUUCACGGACGUGCUCCCCUGCCUCGCCCGCCUCCUCCUCCGCCUCCCCACGCUGCUCGAGGACCACUACGCCGGUGUCCGGGCCGCGCUCGGGCUCCGCCUCCUCGGCUCCCAGGGCGCGGGCAUUGUGCUCUUCGGCCAGGAAGCUGACCCCCCGUGCUCUUCUGCCUGUUCCCCACCGCGACGUGGCGAAGCCCGCUUCCCGGCCAUCAAUUUUGACACCUUGUUCGUGGCACUGACCAACAAUGUGAGGUGCCGGUUUUUGUGUCGUCUGACAGUGAUGCUUGGAUGAAAGCUAGCGUGCCCCUCUCUGCCCAUUCCGGGGUACCAAAAAGGGUGUGCCAUUGCCCACAAAAAUGGCGAGAAUACGUGAAAACAAGGAUUGUUCCGAGACGCAAAACGGUGUACUAUAACCGACGAAAACGGUAAAAAACACAAAAAUGGGGAGUUUUCAGGACAUCCUAGUAACUCUGUACCCGGAUCCACUGGAUAUGCCUAACACUGUAGUAACCAUUUACUAGGAUCUGUCGGACCUUGAAUGUCUUGAGAUCUCAAAACGGUGUGCCUUCAUAGUUAUACCUCCUGAAAAGGAUGAAACAAUGGCAUUUGUACUGGUAGGAGGAUCUUAGGACCAAAGCUGAUCAGACUAGAGAAGAAAAGCUUAAAUUCUUGUCAUUUGGACAAGACACGUUACAAAGUAGAAGCAAAUGGGCAUCUUGGUAUCCAACGCAGUAUUUUUCAACUUUCUCCAUAUUUGCAGCGGAUGUCGCUUGUAUUAUUCCACGUAUUAGCAAGUUCACAUUUAUUCACAAAAAAAGCAAGUUAACAUCACAGUUAUGAAAUAGACUGUUUUGACCUGACUCUCACUCUUGAAGCCGGGUCAAUUCCUUUGAGUGUUAAGUACAAAAAUAUCAAUACAAAGCACAUCAGCUUAGCUGUACAUGGAUAAGGGAGACCCCACCCUGAUUGAGAGUUAUAAGCCUGGUACAUUGUCUUUAUUCAUCUGUCCAAGAUGUGUCAUUCUCCUUGAGGACUUUUCAUCAAGCUUGGCGGCCGCAAAAGUCGAACUUGGUCUACUUGCAUUGAAAAGCUCUUGUCUGUUGACAUGGGUGACACUGAAGCACUCUGUAUGCACUCACCUAGAAAUUUAUGGUAUACAAGUAGUACUUGUGCUGCCAUAGCUGAAACCAUCUCUGCAACCAUGGCUCCUACUCUUUCACUUCUGCUUGCCACCACUUCCAUAGCUCUGCUCUUAUUUUCAAGAGCUGUGGCACAUGACGCUCUGUCGUUGGGAUCCUCUCUAGCCGUCGAAGCCUUCCAAACCGACGUGCUGCAAUCACCGGAUGGCACCUUCUCCUGCGGCUUCUACAGCAUCUACACCAACGCCUUCACAUUUUCGAUAUGGUACUCCAAGGCGGCAGACAAAACCGUCGUGUGGAGUGCAAAUCACGACCGCCCUGUCCAUGUCAAAAGGUCAGUCCUGACCUUGCAGAGAGAUGGCAAUAUGUUCCUGAUAGAUUAUGAUGGCACAAUUGUGUGGCAAGCUGGUGGCAACUUCACAAAUAUUCAGCAUGCUCAGCUGUUGAAUACUGGGAAUUUUAUCUUGAAGGCUACCAAUGGUAAGACAAUAUGGCAGAGUUUUGAUUCACCCACGGACACUAUACUGCCGACGCAACACUUCACUGCUUCUACAAAGUUAGUGCCUACAACCCGGUCACAUGAUUCUGGUAACUACAUAUUCCGUUUCAGCGAUCUUUCGGUACUGUCACUUAUAUAUGACAUUCCUGAAGUUUCGGAUAUAUACUGGCCAGACCCUGACCAGACUCUCUAUGAGGAUAAUAGAAACCAGUAUAACAAUACUAGACUGGGGAUUUUGGACAGUAAUGGGAGUUUUGGGUCGAGUGAUUUUGCUGAUGGCCAGCCACUGGUGGCCUGUGAUGCAGGACCAGGGAUUAAGAGAAGGCUAACUCUAGAUCCUGAUGGUAAUCUCCGGUUAUAUAGCUUGAAUGACUUAGAUGGGUCAUGGUCAGUUUCAAUGGCAGCAAUGUCUCAACCUUGCAACGUCCACGGCUUAUGCGGUCCUAAUGGAAUCUGUCACUACUCACCUAAACCUACAUGUUCGUGUGCACCAGGCUAUGUGAUGAGCAACCCGGGUAAUUGGACUGAAGGCUGCAGCGCUAUUGUCAACAUAACAUGUGAUCAUCAGGAACCUAUGAAGUUUGUGAAACUCAAGCAUACAGAUUUUUGGGGCUCUGAUCAGAAACAUUUGCUCUCGGUUUCCUUUUAUUAUUGUAGGAAUAUCUGCAUGAAUGACUGCACCUGCAAAGGCUUUCAGUACCAGGAAGAUACAUCCUCAUGCUAUCCAAAAGCUAGUCUUUUCAGUGGACGGACCUACCCAACAAAUGAUGCGCGGACAAUAUAUCUCAAGCUUCCUGCCAGGGUAAAUGUUUCGAACACAAUUUUCCCUCGCUCCGAUGUGUUUGAUCCUGCACCACCUCAUCUUGACUGCAAUCAAAUGAGCAUACCACCAAUUCUAGAAGCGCAUAACACCGAUGUGGAAGAACCAAAGUGGCUCUACUUCUACGGUUUCAUAGUUGCAUUUUUUGUCGUUGAGGUUUCCUUCAUAGCAUUCACAUGGUUCUUUGUUUUGAGAAGAGAGCUUAGGCCAUCAGAAGUAUGGGCGACCGAGGAAGGAUACAAGGUGAUGACCAGUCAUUUCAGAAGAUACAGUUACAGAGAACUUGUGAAGGCAACAAUGAAUUUCAAAGUUGAGCUGGGAAGGGGAAGCUCGGGCGUGGUGUACAAAGGUGUCUUAGAAGAUGAAAGACCAGUUGCUCUGAAGAAGCUGAAGCAUGUAAGUCGGGGCAAAGAAGAGUUCCAAGCUGAGCUGAGUGUGAUUGCUAGGAUUAACCACAUGAAUCUAGUGAGAAUAUGGGGGUUUUGUUCGGAAGGAUCUCACCGGCUGUUGGUUUGUGAAUAUGUCCAGAAUGGCUCACUGGCUAGCAUUUUGUUCAGUGACAACAUCUUGUUGGACUGGAAGCAACGGUUCAAUAUUGCAUUAGGUGUUGCGAAAGGGUUAGCCUACCUUCAUCAUGAGUGCCUAGAAUGGGUCAUUCACUGUGAUGUGAAACCCGAGAAUAUACUCUUGGACCAAAACUUUGAGCCUAAGAUCACCGACUUUGGGUUGGCAAAGUUACUAAACCGAGGUGUGUCCAACCAGAACACAUCUCAUGUCCGAGGAACCACAGGCUACAUUGCUCCUGAGUGGAUCUCCGGCCGCCCUAUCACGUCGAAAGUCGACGUGUAUAGCUACGGGGUCAUGCUUCUUGAGCUUUUAUCUGGAAGCAGAGUAUCGGAGUUGACCGUCGGUUCAGAUGCAGAGGUGCACAUGGUGCUCAGGAAGCUUGUGACAAUGCUUGCAGAUAAACUGGAAGGAAGUGAUGAAUCUUGGAUCGAUGAAUUUGUGGACUGCAAAUUGGGUGGGCAAUUCAGCUAUGUGCAGGCUAGAACAUUAAUAAAAUUGGUCGUUUCUUGUUUGGAGGAAGAUACAAGAAAGAGGUCGACCAUGGAAUCUGUUGUUCAGACUCUCCUAUCAUUACAUGAAGAUGAUAAGUCGUAGUAGUAAUUUUUUUUUGCGCAAAAGUAGUACUAGUAAUUUGAUUUUGUUAGUAUGUUUUAAAUAAAGUGAUGAUAUUUUAUUGUAAGGUCAAGGAUGUAUGUGUGCAACAAUGUGGAACAACUAUGAUAUUUUUUCUAAUCGUAGUCAUUGAUUAAAAAGAUGUAAUAGAUCGAUGCUAAUACAUAAGUGUGGGACAGAUUUAGUAAGCAAUAAAGUGAAAGACGGGGUAGUUGCA